AUGGAUCGUUUUCAAGAGUUGGGUCCUGAUGGUAAACCUUGUAAAGCAUGUAUUUCAACAGAAGAAUUAUUAAAGCAAGGAAUGAAAUUAAUUGAAAAGAAUAAAGAAAAGGAAGUAAAAGUAAGAAAUGACUGUCCACUUGAUAAAGAUGAACUAGGAAGAAGUACUUGGAAACUUUUACAUACUAUUUCAGUCUAUUAUCCUAAUAAUCCAACAGAAAAAAAUAAAAAUGAUGUAAAAAAGACAAUAGAAUCAUUGGCGGAAGUAUAUCCAUGUACUCAUUGUGCUGAAGAUUUUAGAAAAGAUAUUAAAGAAAAUCCAAUAAAAUUAGAAAAUAGAAAUGAAUUAGCUAGUUGGAUGUGUGAAGCACAUAACAGGGUUAAUGAAAAAAUAGAUGGUAUGAUGGUUGGAGUGAUGGGUCAUGUUUACAAUGAUUUACAUAAUAAAAUAUUAUUGUGGCCACCAUUGGCAAAAAAACUACAAGUUUCACGGGUGGCAGAUUUGGAAGUAAAUCAUAUUGACAAAAGUAAUAAUGGAUUAACUAUUAAACGUUUACAAUUAAUGGUAAUAACAUUAAUUAAUUGGAUAUCAAAAGCAGCUGAACCAUCAACUAGAGAAACGUGUAGAAACGUUUUAUGGAAAUUCGCUGUAGACCAUGAAAUGAUACCUAAUGAUCUUGACCAAAAUGGUACAACUAUUUUUGCUGAGCAAUUACAUAAAAAUAUUUUGAAAUAUAUUCAAGAUAAGUUAGGUGACAUAUCACGUUUUAAUAUAGCUAUUGAUCAUAAUAUUUCUGUUCAUUGUCCACAAAAUUUUUUAAAUAUGGGCCAGAGUAAGUAUGAAAGUGAUUUUCAGGAAUGUGAAUGCAUUGGUAAAGGUGGUUUUGGUAGUGUUCAUAGAGUUAAAAAUUAUGUUGAUGGAAGGUAUUAUGCUGUUAAGAAAGUAAUAUUAAAAAAUGAUGAUAAUGAUAGUGUAAAUGAAGCAUUGAAAGAAGUACAACAUUUAUCUAUACUUGAACACGGUGGUAUUGUUCGAUAUUAUCAUAGUUGGAUUGAUGUGGUACGUGUCAAAAGGAGAAAGCGCAGCAGCACGUGCAGGAGUACCACUGAAUGUAAAAUUGAAGAAAUAUCUACAGAAGAAGAAAAUGAGGAUGAUUCAGAUAAUUCAGAUGAUAGUAUAAAUAAUGAUGGAACCGAUAUUGUUUUCCAAGAUGAUGACUCAUCAGCAUCGUCUCAUUCUAGCAGUGGUAAAGGUUUUUUUAGACAACCUGAUAAUUCUCAAGAAAGUUUUACUAAUUUUUCAUCUCUAGAUAGUUCAUUUACUAGUGAUAGUAAGACAAAAUCUAAUGAUACUGAUAAAACAGAAAAUGAAGUAGUAAUUAAUAAUCAUGAUCCAUAUUAUAUAACAAGAUCGGCAUUAUUUAUUCAAAUGGAAUUAUUGACAACUAACUUGGAAGAUUUAUUAUUAAAUAAAGAAUUUAGAAAUUCUGUUGUAAGGAAAAGUUUUAAUAGAAAAGCAAUAUAUACACUUAUUUCUGCAUUAUCUUACAUCCAUGACAUGGGUAUUAUUCAUAGAGAUAUAAAAUCAGUAAAUAUUUUUAUUAAAAAAACAAAAGAUGAUUGGAAAAUAAAAUUGGGUGAUUUUGGUUUAUCUUGCCAAUCAUAUUUACAAGAUCAUGAUGAAAUAUUAUGUAAAGAUAAAUGUACAAAUGAUAUAAUUUCUAAUUUAAGAAUAUAUCAUACAAAAGGUAUAGGUUCAGUCAAUUAUGCUCCAGAUGAACAAAUGACAUCUAGAACAUAUGGUCCAGAAGUUGAUAUUUUUGCUUUAGGGAUGGUAUUUUAUGAACUGUUAAGUGACUUUUCAACACGUUCAGAAUGUUAUAAUGCUUUUUUACAAUUAAGAAGAACAGAAAAGUUACCAAUUGAUUUUUGUAAAAUAUAUCCUAAAAAAUCAAAAAUGAUUGAAAGUAUGGUUUGUAAAGAUCCAUUAAAUAGAAUAACAGCAAAAGAAUUAUUAGAAAAGUUAAAUCAAACUGUUAAUGUUGAAGCAUUCCACUUUGUUUUAAGUGAAAAUGAUACAUUGAAAAAACAUCUACAAGAUUUAAGUAAUGAAUUGAUGGAGGAAAAAAAUAAAAAUAAUGAAUUAGAAAGAAAAUUAAAAGAAAUGGAAAAAAAAAUUAAAUUAUUAGAAAAAAAGUAG